AUGGCAGCUCAAAUCUCAAAGAAGAGAAAGGUCGCAGACGGUGUUUUCUACGCUGAACUUAACGAAUUCUUCACUCGUGAACUUGCUGAAGAUGGUUAUGCUGGUGUUGAGGUCCGUGUCACUCCUGCUCGUACCGAAAUCAUCAUCCGUGCCACUCACACCCAAAAUGUGCUUGGUGAGAAGGGCCGUCGCAUCCGUGAAUUGACCACUCUUGUUCAAAAGCGUUUCAAGUUCCCCGAGAACGCUGUUGAGCUUUAUGCUGAGCGUGUCCAAAACCGUGGUCUCUGUGCCAUUGCUCAAUGUGAGUCUGUCAAGUUCAAGCUCCUUAACGGUUUGGCUGUUCGUCGUGCCUGUUAUGGUGUUGUUCGUUUUGUCAUGGAAUCCGGUGCCAAGGGUUGUGAAGUCGUUGUCUCUGGUAAGGUCCGUGCUGCUCGUGCCAAGGCCAUGAAGUUUGCUGAUGGUUUCAUGAUUCACUCUGGUAACCCUGCUCGUGAAUUCAUCACCACUGCUGUCCGUCACGUUGAUUUGCGUCAAGGUGUUUUGGGUAUCAAGGUCAAGAUCAUGUUGGAUAACGAUCCUACUGGUCGUAACGGUCCCAAGCAAUGUCUUCCCGAUAUUGUCACUAUCCUUGAACCCAAGGAUGAAGCUGCCAUCACUGAGCCCUCUGCUCAAGAUUUCAGACCUGCUCCCGCUGCUGCCCCUGCCGCUGCUGAAGCUGCUGUUGAAGGCAACUAA